AUGCCGCGCGGAAUCUACCUCUCCGUGGUCUCCGAUGUGAAUGCGUUUGUGCUAUUUUCACCAAAGCAUGGCACCAAUCAUUCCAGGACAUCAAUAUUUUUAGAGAACGGUUGUCCAUCAAGCUCAAGUCACAUUGUGGGAACGGAGUCCGGACGGCGUCAUGUGCUUCAGCUCGAUAGCAUCAUGAGGCUGGAUUGUGCCGUUAUGGUUCGGACUGCUUCAAGUAUUAUCACCAUGGAGAGGCCAUUCGUGGAUCUGGUGGCAGUGGCAGAUUUGACGUUGUUGUCUCAUAUACGGCAGUCUCUCUGCAUUACUGCACAGCUGACGCUGUCCACGUCGGUCACGGUACCAGUAUCGUGCACCGUAUCGCCAUUCGAUUCUGCUCGUCAAUCGUGCCUUCUGCGAAUCACUGUACCUUAUUCGUGGCAUCUGCAGCUGAUGUCGCCAACAAAUUUUACCUCAGCAGCACGUUCACUUACCACACUAAUGCUCCAUCUCAAUUAUAAUAGCAAUACCGAAAUGCGCCUCACAGCCAUACAGAUGAGGGCCUGGCUCAACGGUCGGAUAAAGCUUCUCAGCGUGGCAUCAGCAGAUUCCAAAUUUUGGACAAUUGAGGUGGAUUCUGCGGCUCAUCCUGACCCUCAUGCUACUAUCACAUGCCAGUACUCCUCUGGAGAUUACUUGGAAAGGUUUGUGAGAAGCUCAAAGUCGGAAGGCGACGUGCACUCGGACGACACAAUUAACAUUCACUGGACAGUGCAAUACGUCGUCGCUGAAAACUCCACCUUUACGGAUAAAACAGUAACGAAACGGGUUACGACGCAAUUCCGAAUUACACCAGACGUCGUCUAUUCACUUCUACCGAUGCUGAAAGAUGAGAAUCUGAUAAACACGGCAGUGCUGUCCGGCAAGCAGGCAUCAGUGCCAAUGAAAAUAUUUGCGGUAACGGAAGCUGGAGAUCUGAAUGAUGUGACGAGUAAUUCGCACUGCCUGAGCUCUGAAUCACGUGUCCUGAAAAGCUCACCGACCUGCAGUUCCCUCUACGUGGACGGGUCAGAGCUACGUGGCAUGGGGAAGAUCAAAGUUCAUGUACACUUCGAAGCAUUAACAACAUCAGUUGAAAUAACAGUCUGGUAUCCACGGCUUCCCAUAACUGUCUGGAUUUCAGAUCCAAUCCUGAAUGCUGUCAAAGGUGAUAGGGAGACUGGAGAAAGGAUUUAUCUGUCCGGAGAUCGCGAUACACUCUUCGAUGUCACUUCGCUUGCGCUCAACCAUGUGCUCAGCUCAAACAUCGGUGUUGCAACAAUAGCAACCCGACAGGAUCGCCUUUUUGUGAUCGCUCACCGCCCCGGUUCUGCCAGGAUAACGGUACGAUCGAACACACCGAAUAUUGAUUACGGCAGCGCACCUGUUGUGGUUGCGGAAGACGCUGUGUCGGUGCGAAGAUUGGUUGUGGAAGGAGUGGUUGACAUUGACCUGGAUAUUGAGCGAGAGUGCAAAAAAGUAGUCGAGAAAUUUCAGCACGCAAAGCUCGCUUGCCGGGUAUAUUUCUCGGAUGAGCAAGUGCUUGAUUUAACGGAUCUCCCACCGGAGCAGUAUGUGCUGAAAGCGUGGAGUUCGGAUGAGCAGGCAGUGGCGGUGAGUCACCGAUCAGGUCAGGACAUCGAGCUGAUCGCCUUACGCAAUUCCAACGAUAUUCUGCUCUCAGUCAGCUUGCACAGUCCAGCGGCAUGCAGUGAACCGGACUCUAAAGCAAUUGCGCAGGUGGAAUAUCCGGUGCAGGUGCAAUUCGACGAGAAACCGAAAAUUGCCGGCUCGCCAGCUCCAGAUAUCAACUAUAACGGAAGCAUUAUUUCCGUGGCUUCGUCAACCUCAAGCAACUGGCAUUCCGAACUGUUGCUCGGCCUGAUCAUCGUAUUCGGGGCACUGAUUGGCAUUGUGUACGCAGUUGGCGCACGCGCCAGACGGCCGUUCAACGAAGGCUAUGAGAAGCUCGUGCUGCCGAUCCUCACGCGUCUCAGCUCUUCCAGCUCUUGCGGCAAGGAUGAGAAUUCACAGGAAUGGGUAUGGCUCUCGAAAGCACAAAUUGAUAGCGCCAGCAUACACAGCAGGUUAAUUCAGUUCGAAUUCUUUCAAAUCUUUGUAUGUGGGUGA